AUGCAACUCUUGACCUGGUCACUCCCCUUUGCACAAGGACAUCUGGCAUCUAAAGUUAACUUAAACUACCUCCAACCUUAUCCCACUCUGAGCCAUUUCAAAUUCUACAUUAUCCAGAUUGCUUCCAACUUCCCCGCUCGGAAUAGCAAACAUCCGCCGCUUCCACCCUCAUCGCCUUUACCCUUGCAGGCAGCUCUGCCCGUUGCUCAUUCACGAUGUCUGGUAAACAGACGCAGCCCUGGAGAAAUCCGUGAAGCCUACAAGAAAGCAGCCCUGAAAAACCACCCGGACCGAGUCUCCCACGAUGACCCCUCCCGCGCAGCCCGCACCCGAAAGUUCCAACAAAUCAACGACGCAUACUACACCCUCAGCGACCCCCAGCGACGCCGGGACUACGACUCGACCCGCACUUACCAGAGCUCCUCCUCCUACGCCAACCCCCAGCACGCGCAGAGCGACUGGCAGGACGACCAAUUCGGCGACAUCUUCGAGGAGAUGAUGCGCGACGAGGGUUUCGCCGAGGGCACGGGCGAGCGCACCACGCCCAACGGCAAAUUCUGGGGCAUCCUCGGUGGCCUAUCCGGUGGCGUUAUGGGGUUCAUCGUGGCCAACGUGCCCGGCAUGCUCGCCGGCGCCGUCGCGGGCAAUAGGCUGGGCGCGGUCAGGGAUUCCAAGGGGAAGAGCGUUUACGAGGUCUUCCAGGAGCUGCCUCAGAGUGAUCGUGCGAAGUUGCUUAGUGAUUUGGCCGCCAAGGUGUUGGCGCACGCUGUUAGCGGUUAGGUGGAACUUUAGGUUUUCGAGGUCAAGGAGAGAUGAUGAUGAUGGUGAUGAUGAUGACGAUGGUCUGUGAUGGCUUUUCCGGGAGUUUGUUGGUUGGUCGCAUGAGGAAGUCUUCGAUAAAUGAUUUUUAUGAUGGGAACGGCGUUAUUUGAUUUUUACAUGUGUCUUUGCUUCGACUCUCCAGUGGUCCCGGUAGCGGUAGCGGUACUAUUGGCAUUAUGACCUUAUCUAUACGCUAAUAUACCCAGAUGAAGUGAUAA